GCAGCAUGGGGAGCCAUGGGUCAGCCCACCAAGGUUUUACAGCUCUUUAGAACACUACACAGGACCAGACAACAAGUUUUUAAAAAUGAUAAGAGAGCAUUAGAAGCGGCCAGAGUAAAGAUAAAUGAAGAAUUCAAAAAACAUAAAAGUGAGGCUUCUCCGGAGAAAAUAGAAGAGAUGUUGAAAGUGGGUUCCGAUGUUGAACUAUUACUCAGAACAUCUGUUAUUCAAGGUAUUCACACUGACCACAAUACCCUGAAGCUGGUCCCCAGGAAAGAUCUUCUAACAGAAAACGUUCUGUACUGUGAUGCGCCAAUUCAGAAUCAGUAAAGCUUCCAGGACAAAACCUGUCUCUGCUCCCUCUGACUUUAAAUAUAUACCUAGCCAAAGUCCU